AUGUAUGAUGGUGGAUCCUUUUCGUAUACCGCAGGCAUUGUCAGCAUCGGCGCUCCCGCCCUCCAGGGUCUCAGACUUCUCCUACACGACUUACAGAGCAUCAGAGACGCACCUGAAACCAUCGGUAAUCUAAAAGACGACAUCCGGGCCAUUGAAUUGGCCCUGGCCUCUCUCCAAGCUAUUUCUGAACAAAAAUGGGAGUCCCUCGGGGCAACCGUUGCAGAUGAAGUAAAAGCCACCAUCGCAACCUGCACUAAAGCAUGCGAGAUAUUCCGCUCCGACCUCCAGCGUCGGACAGGUCGCUCUCAAGAUGGGAGAUUAUCGCGGCUCGAUCGAGCAAAGGUGUGGAUCUUCAAACAGGCAUGCUGA